AUGGAUGCAAAUUACAAAUUAGUAGAUUUUCAGACGUGUUUUCGAUAUAGUGUUGCUGCCAAGAGAAGUUUUUUAUGCAUUUGUCAAGUAGGAGACAAGAAGCCGGAGGAUAUUAUUAAGAUGACUAUUGAAAAUGAUUAUUCAUGUGGACAGAAGGCAGCUUCAUGUACUGUUGUAUCAAAAAUAUCAGAUCUUCAAACAAGCUAUGAAGAGAAAGAUUUGAGUGCCGAAAGUGAUGAUGACAAGAUUGUGAUAUCUAUUAUUCCUAACAUGAAUACUUUACCAUCGUCUGAUCAACUCAAUUUAGUAAGAAUUAUGAAUGCUAUUAAAGUUUCCAAUGAGAAGAAUCCGAAAGCGCAAACACACGUCAUUAUAGGGAUUAUUACUUGGGAUAAGGCUACAUACAGAAGAGAAGAGAAAGGAUCUCGCCGAGCGAUCCUUGGGAAAGACUUAGCUAUCUUACAGCCAUGUAUCAAACUUGACGAUUGGUUAAAACAUAAAUUUUGGCUUGCCUGUUCUGAACCUAAAGUAUCGACGCAUGGUAAGACAGUUCCAGUCUGUUCAAACAGUUCUCAGGAUACAGCUUCUAUAUCCCCCGGGUCGUCUAUUGAUAGUGGUACAGAAUCAUCCGGUUCAGCAGGAACCAUUCAACUUUUACAUGAGGUUCACAGUUCCUACUCAGAUGUGUAUUUGCAACCAGUAGUAAGAAAAUAUAUUCUUGAUAUCAUUGUUCACAUCAGAAUGCAUCGAUUAAGUUAUAGAGCAAAAGGUGGAGGGGCCCAUAUGGAUUCAUUGAAAGACGUUAUACAGUUAUCCAAAUUAAUCAGCAUUAACGGAGGAAAGAAAUAUAUAAUUCCUCGGUAUAUAAAACAAGCAGCAGCAUGGUAUUUUCCAAUGCAUUUAAAUCUCAUCAACAAGCCCGAGAGGGACAAUAGUAUUUUAUAUGGGAGUAAGAUCAGAUUAGUGAAUGAACUGUUGGAUAAGAUAAUAAAAGUAAAAUCGUACGAAGUAGAAGAAUUGGAGAAUCCACUAUUUUUGGAAUCUCUUGUGGUACAAGAUGUCUUAAAGAAGGUGAUACCUCCUGUAUAA